GCCGCGCUCUGAGGGCAGGGGAACACCGGGCACGCCGCGCUCUUAGGGCAGAGAGCGCCGGGCACACCGAGCUCUGAGGGCAGGGGAACACCGAGCCCCGGGAGGAGACAGCGCCCAGAGAGGGCUGAGGAGGCGGCGGGAAACCCCUCGCCUCCGAGGGGAAACCCCUCGCCCCUGAGGGGUGCUCCGCCGGAGAGCGCCACAGGGCGGGAACGGGGCUCUCGAAAAGACAAUCACUGCUGAAGGCUUAAAAGGAGAAGCUUACAAGAAGUUGCGCAAACCGAGAGGGAAAGACGGGUGGGUGUCUGCCAGGAGGGAAACCACCUCAGCGACAGGACAGGGGAGUCCUGUCCCCUGAAGCCGUAAGGGAGGCGGAGAAGCCCCGAACGGGAGGAUUCAUUUCACAGGGCUGUCUGAGCAAAUAUAGUACUUAUUUUUGUGAGCAUGAGAAGUGCAUAUUCCAAAAGAUUUUUACCUGCAUCACCAGAUGAAACUGAAUGUUACCUGUAUGCAAAGCGAAAUAAAGCAGAAAGUGAUCAAAAAAUCGGAGAGAAAGAGGAGCAGCAAAAGCUAGAACAAAGCAUACACUGUGGGAGCAAGUGCCAAACAUCACCACAUGAACUCCUCUAUUUGUCAGAAAGACAAAACAACUGGGCAUUAGAAAAAGAGAGCUGUGAUACAGCAAGAAAAACUUGUAUGAGAGAGUUUUUCAGUUCUAAAACUUGUAGUACUGAAGGAUUAGCAUGUAGAGUAUCAGAAAAUGAACUGUUCACCAAAAAAUGGAGUCCUGGAAAUGAAGACCAAAGUCCUAUAGAUGACAUUUCCCUGAAUGUAUGUGGACAGCCUCUUGAAACAGAGCUGCUCAAUGUGUCGAGCGCUGCUGACACAUGUCAAAAUCUACCAGUACUAAACCCGCCCCAAGUGCAGCAGAACAACAGUACAGAACGAAAUAAUAAAAGAAAUGAGGAUAAUCAGCUCAAACAAAGUUCUUCUGAUACAUUCUUCAAUGGAAACAGGUUUCAGACUGAAUUGUUAAGUCAAAAGUCUGUCUUCAAUAAAAAGUGGCAGCAAUACCAGUUUUUUCAAAUUCCAUUUUUGAAUAGAACAAGUUCUGUGUUUUCACCCAUAGAAAAUAAAAAAAGUAAAUUUCUGAACAAUGAUUUCAAAUAA